UCGGGGUCUCAGAGUACGGCAGCAGGUCUACUUGGAACUGCCCUUGGUGUUAUUAUCAGUGCUUCCAUUACAAUGUAUAAUACUUCUCAAUCGAUUGUUCCAAUCAUUGUUUGCUUUAUUCCAUUUUCAAUUUUCAACAUUUAUUCAAGUUAUUGGUCUAAUCUUUAUGUGACAACAAAUACUCUUAAUGUUCCUCGUACGGAAAUGAUUUUAUAUGAUAUGUUAAAACAGCUUGAUGAAAGAUCAAAUAUACCUCUACCAAAUAAGAAUGUCAUAAAAGAUUUUAUGCCAACGCCACAAACUAUAUCAUCACAAGAAAUAUUCGUCGGUUUUUAUCGCUCUUCAUUUGACGUACCUCUGGUGAUUGAACCUGCUUUACAUCGUUACACUUCACAGGAAUAUGCAAGUAACUUGCUUACAUCUCUAACACAUAAAGGAUUCAUUCAUUCAGAAGAAUAUUACAUUCUUCAUGCUCCAAAUCGUAGUUCUGAUAACAGACAGCAUGUU